UCACGGCUGCCGGGUGCUGGAGGCGCCAUUGGAGCCGGCUAGGCUUGCAAGCUCCGCUGAGGAGCCGGAGGUUGGGCCGCAGUUACAGCCGCGUCGGCUCGCGGUUCCUGGUCCCUCCGCGGCAUGGCGUGCGGGGCGACGUUGAAGCGGCCCAUGGAGUUCGAAGCGGCGCUGCUGAGCCCGGGCUCCCCGAAGCGUCGGCGCUGCGCCCCUCUCCCCGGCCCCACUCCGGGCCUCAGGCCCCCGGACGCCGAACCACCGCCGCCGCUGCUUCAGACCCAGACCCAGCUGCCGACUCUGCAGCAGCCCGCCCCUCCCGGCAGCGAGCGGCGCCUUCCAACCCCGGAGCAAAUUUUUCAGAACAUAAAACAAGAAUAUAGUCGUUAUCAAAGGUGGAGACAUUUAGAAGUUGUUCUUAAUCAGAGUGAAGCUUGUACUUCGGAAAGUCAGCCUCACUCCUCAGCACUUACAGCACCUAGUUCUCCAGGUUCCUCCUGGAUGAAGAAGGACCAGCCCACCUUUACCCUCCGACAGGUUGGGAUAAUAUGUGAGCGUCUCUUAAAAGACUAUGAAGAUAAAAUUCGGGAGGAGUAUGAGCAAAUCCUCAAUACCAAACUAGCAGAACAAUAUGAAUCUUUUGUGAAAUUCACACAUGAUCAGAUUAUGCGACGAUAUGGGACAAGGCCUACAAGCUAUGUGUCCUGAAGCUUUCUUGCAUAUCUGGGUACCAGGUUUGACCUCAAGAGAUGGCUGCUGUACACUUUUUGCAACUGGUUUGAUAUCACAUUUCAGCUCCAACUUUGCAUCCUGAGAACACUUAAACGUUUCUGCAGGUCCAUUUUAUACAACUUGAAAGACCUUAAAACUUUCUGGUUGCCACAAGCAUAUCUUUCUUUUCUGCUCAUCUAAUAAACAGCUGUGCCCUACUGUGAUAGAUUUUCCAAACAAAAAUACCUGGAGCAGCAGUUUAGCAAAAUAUGCCCUCAGUGGCACUCAACAAAUGGAGUUUCCCCAAGCACAGUUCUGUAAGAAGUGUGUGUGAGAGUGUGUGUAUAUGUAUGUAUGUGUAUUUUAAGUUAUUAUUUGUAUCGUGCAAAUUUUUUUGAUCUUGGGGAUUCUGGCUGUGAAUUUGAUGCACGACAAUUAUGGUUAAAAACAUUUGCUUGGUCUACAGAAGAUCAUUAAUGUUUUGUGACCAUAUAAGUUGUAACAGUGGAUUGUUUAAUGUGUAGGUAUUAUUGUUAAAUACAGGGACUGUUUCCAGGCACAGAACAUGAAUCAUAAGUUAGGAUGGACAUUAGAUGUGAUUAUGAUGACAUAGCAAAGGUCUGUGGUCCUAGGUCUACAAAUGCGUGGUAAGUUGUUAGAACAAACCAGAGAUAGGCCAUUUGAUACAUGACUCUGCCUAGCCGUGUUAGAAAACUACUUUGACUCCAAGCCUUAAAAUACCCACAUGGAGUCUGUGCUCACCUCAUUCACACAAGGAGCUCCCGGGACACUGAACCUCUAAGAAGAAAAAGUCUUCUGGAGCGGGAGCAUCAGGGUUAUGCUUGGGAGCAUAACAGGUGAGCACGGGGCUGGGCCAGGCCCCAGAGACACUGCUACUUGGGAGGAGCCACUUAACCUUUGUACCAGUUAUUAAAAAUAGAAUUUGGAUCCUUUGGUCAGGUUCCCCCAAAUUCUUUUAAGAGGUGUCCAUGUUCAACUGCUUGAGCUUUGUUUUGGCAACCCCCUGCCUGAAGUUGCUUACAGACUGUUCUUUACCUUGUUUCCAAGGUUGAGGAACAGAAAGUAGCCUCUGUUUUGAGGAGGUGGAAGUUAAGUAUACAUUUAUUUUUUACUGUGACUUGUUCAGGACCACAUUUUACAAAAUGCCUUGUUUCCUUUAUUAUUGUUUCUGGAAAGAAAAGUUCUAUUAAAAUUGUUUUAGUUUGAAUAUAGAGUAGUUUUUUUAAUUAGGGCUUAUUUUGAAAAACUCUGAGUUUAAUUCAAAUGUAUGCCAGUACCUUCCAAAGUAAGGUAAUAUUCAGAGACAAUUGUCCUGAUCAGAUGGCUUAGAGAAAUUUCUGGAAUAUUCACAUUCGAAGAUUCCUUAUUAAUGAAUGUCUUUGACUUAAAUCUAACCAAAAACUGCAACAUUAUUCUUUGUACAUUUUCAUUAUAUAGUGUUAACAAGCUUAGUUGCAAACAAAUAAAAUACUUAAGCUAUU